UCGAUCAUGACAGUUACUCGGAGUGAAAACUAUUGACCACAUAUUAAUACAAUUCCUAUAUUAAUUGUUGUUAGUAUAUUUAAAAAUGAAAUUGUUCAGUGUUGUUUGUUUUUGUAUAGUAGUGUUGUGUGUUUCCGGGAGUGACGGGUUUAAAUUGCUUAAGAAGUUAAAGGAAGUACUUCACCCGACAGAACCUACGACGACAAUUGUGCCGAUUCUUCCCUCUUAUGAAAACCACCGCGAACAUGAGGAACAUGCGGUAUCGAAUAUCAAGAGUAACCACUCUGGCGAGGACACAUCUUCAAGUGAGUCAGUUGAAGAUCCAGGAGUCGGUUUUCACAGCAAAAAUAAAAAUCAUGAUCAUUCCAAUGGUUUUUAUAGUAAAGGACCGCAAACAACUACGUACAGGUAUGAAGAAAGCAAUUACAACUAUGGUGAGUCUUCUUUAACGAAUAGUGGUGAUAAUAUUAAAUCGACCACUCCAAGGAACUAUAACUUCGAUCAAAAUGAACGUGAAAAAGAAUCUACGGGUCAGUCUUCUUUCACUUAUAGUGGUGAUAAUAUUAAAUCGACCACUCCAAGGAACUAUAACUUCGAUCAAAAUGAACGUGAAAAAGAAUCUACGGGUCAGUCUUCUUUCACUAAUAGUGGUGAUAAUAUUAAAUCGACCACUCCAAGGAACUAUAACUUCGGUCAAAAUGAACGUGAAAAAGAAUCUACGGGUCAGUCUUCUUUCACUAAUAGUGGUGAUAAUAUUAAAUUGACCACUCCAAGGAACUAUAACUUCGAUCAAAAUGAACGUGACAAAGAAUCUACGGGUGUUGAUUACCCGAAAAACAACCAGCCAUUCGAAGGUGUCACACUUAAUGAGUUUCUCUCAGUUACUUCAACGACUACUAGAUCUCAAUAUCAAAAUAAUGAUGAACAGUCAUUGUAUAGUGGUGACGAAUCAACUUCGACUACAACAAGCUCCUACGGCGCCAACGAGAACUACAAUCCUCAACAAUCCUCAUCGUCUGGAACAUACGCGAAUCAACAAUCAUCUAGCUCCACGGGUCCCUUGGGUUCGGCGAACCCUGAGGGUCAGUCAUCACCAUUUAACGAUGAUGAAAAACUUUCGCAAAAUGCCCCAGAACAAUCUUACCCUGAUGCUUUCAACGGUGGAUUUUCAACAACCACCUCAAAAUACUAUAUUGAACCUGGAGCAGGACAAUCCCCAGCAACCAUUAUUGGAGGGAACCAGCAAACAUCUUCAAAACAUGGCACUAAACAAUCUGGAAAUACUGACGGUGGAAUAAUUGUUUUUCCUGAUAACCCUAUUUUGAACCCUACUCCUGAACCUGAGAGGAUAUUUGGAGAACAUGAUCCUAAUUUCAAGACAACGAAGGAGAAAUUCAAGUCAAUCCCUGCUCCAGUAGCUGUUGACGAUGGAAGAAACAUAAUUAAGGCCCGUGGAAAAGAGUGCGGUCCUGGGGAGACGUUUAACGCAAGGAAAAACAAAUGCGGGAAACUAGAAAGAAAGUGAAAACGGAGAGACAAGCAAAAUUUCCUGCCAAUGUCAGGCUGGCACAUUUUGUUAAUCCAUCAUUUGAUAUUACGACUAUGUUCUCCUAACUUUUAUUUGUUAGUUUUACAAAUUAUUUAUAACGAUCAAAUUGUAAAACAACCUUA